AUGUCGGAGAACUUACAAGUCAAAUGUGUAGGCCAGGGAGGAUAUGGAGUGGUUAUGCUACUAAAAUCGUAUCAUCCCCAUUCCGGGCAACCAGUUGGCACUUUUGGAUAUAUGGCACCCGAAGUGUUAAAUAAAUUAGUUGUCGAUGAAGAGAAUGAACAUAAGUGUGACGUUUUUGGAGCAGGAAUCGUCCUUUUGGAGCUCAUCGAAAGGAAACCUUUGCCUCAAAUCGACACCCCACUGAGAGUACACCACGACUUCAAGGAGUUGGUCCAACUUGUUGAAAAUUGCACGACGGUUGACUAUAAAAUCCGAGCUGCUCCAAGUGAAGCUCUAAAAAUUGUGAACUUGCUUAAAAAGAAAACCAUUGACUUUGAGUCGGUGCCCGAGCGACGAAUAGCUCAAAAGCUUCUCGUCAAACCCAUUGGACUAAAUGGAACACAUGAAGAAGCAUUGGUUUACGACUACAGUAACAGUUCUCUUGAUCAUAUUCCAACAAUAACUUUCGAUUUCAAAAGUGAUGAGAAAGCGGAAGCAAAGAUUGAAAACUGUCCCGGAGAAAAGGCUGUGAAUUCACUGCUGGCUUCACAACAGCAGAACCAAUUAGCGGAAUGGUUGCAAAAGCUAGAAGUUGAUAAUGCUUGCUUUGGUUUUGCGUUCUUUGUUAUGCGAGAAUGUCAACGAUCAAAUCUCACAAAUCAAGACAUUUCGAAGCUCAUAGAGAUGGCGAUCAAAAAUAUUGAAGAGCUAGAGAAAAUCUUCUCCCGUCGCCUAUAUUUUACUGUCUUUUACGUGGAAAGUUCAAGACUUGAGUGGUUUGAUACAGAACCUUAUUAUCAUAUCUACAUGAGAAGAGAUCUUACUCAUUUCGUGGACAAUGAGACAAUAAAGGAUUCAAACGGGAAUCCCAUGUAUAAGAUUCCAAUUGAUAUCGAAGCGGUGAGAAGAUCACUCUACGAUCACCGUGAAAUUUUACGGCGAUUCAUGCAUCGGCCCCGCACCGAACAUGUCUCAAUGCAUUACCUUCUUGACACACUUGAGGAUCAAGCUAAGGAGCAAAUUCCGAUUGAUCAACUUUUCCGAUGCUCAUAUAAUGGAAAUAAAGAAGAAGAUGAAGAUAACAAUUUCUUGAUUUUGCAUCCGAGAACAUUGACUUCUUGCACAGUUGUGACACAUGAUUUGUUGAUUGAAAGAGUGAAUUAUACGCCUUAUUCGUUGAUCUAUUUGAAGGGUUACGUGAACGUGCAUUUCUCGGAACUCAAAGCUUUACUUGAGUCAAUGAUCUCUUUGUUCGACUUUGAACAUUACUCACACGAAAUCGAUGAGGUAAACACGGCAGAAAUGAGAGAAGAAUUCGAAGAGCUGAGGGGAUUUCAAAACUACAAAUCCACAAUGAAAGAGGUGAUAAAGAAAUUUUGGGAUAACAUGGACCUCAAAUUAGCUCCAUCAAUGCAAGAACUCGAAGCAAUUGAGGUUAUUGUCCCAGAGAUUUCUUUGUUUCCUGCUGAAUACUUG